AAAAAAAAAAAAAGUUUGCCACCAAGUUCACAUAAUCUUAAAACCUAUUCCACGUGGUGGGCAAUGCUCAGAAUCAGGCUCACGCCUUUUAUCCCCCAUUGAAACGGAGUGAAAGUGAAAACAUCUGCUUCUGGAUUUGCCCCUAACUACAGCACAGUUGAAGCCGAUCACAGACCACAUCGGUACAGACCUUGUCCCGGGCCGGGAGGCAGCAACAUUGCAGGCGAGUGCCCAGUCGCCUCUGCGGCUGCGCGCCCGGGCCCGGCCCGUCUCCAUGGUGACCCAGGAUAUGGCCAUGCCGCGACACAAGCCCAAAACGGGAAGGUCGCAGCACGACUCGCACUCGUCCCGCAGAGGCACCGACAAGGCGGUGACCGGCAGCAGUUCGAAUGAAGAGACCACCGUAAAGGAAAAAGAAAACCCAUUGGCCUGGAAACUUAUUUCCUCAUCCCAGAUGUCUGACCUUGAACCAUUAACAGUGGAUUUGGCUCAGAAAGCAUUAGCAGAAAUUUUGCAACUCAAACAGUACGAACAUUCCAUGAACGAAGGCAUCCUCUUGGAUUAUUAUGUCUCUGGAUUUUUGUGGGCCAAAGAGCAAACUUUUACAAUACUUCAAAUAUCUGCCUUCAUGACUCUAUUAAAUGUCAUUUUGGAGAACAUCAGCGACAAACACUUGCCAUUGCUGGAUAAUUUAAAAGAGCUCUCAAAACUCAUGACUGAAGUCAGUCAGUCAAGUUCAGAUAUAACUCGUGGCGUGGAAUUCUUCUCCGUCGACCAGUCAAAGGCCAUUAUUAAUUACAUGAAGAUCAGUGUAUUUCAGCAUUACAGACUUUACGAGUUUCUUUUCCAUCAUACUCCUGACCUAAAGAUUCUAGACACUCAGCUUGAGGUUGAAGUUAUCAAGUCAGCAGAUCCGUUCCCUUCACCAUUGGAGGAGAGUUUAUCUUGGGAUAUCUAUUCAUCCUACAUUCUACAGCAGCCAACAGAGGAAGCAGAACCUGAGGUUGUGCAAGAGACUGAGGAGGAGAUGGAAGUUAAAGACUCCACAACUGAGGAUGCUCUGGCAUGUUAUAACAUGGAUGAUGUCACAUCAAUGCUGAGUCAAGUAACAGGCGAAGUGCUCAGCAAUAUUCAGAGUGAGAUAAGUGAAAAACUGCAGAAGCAAGAGGAGGCCUUCACUACAAGAAUCAAUAAACUGAAGAAGCCCUGAGCAUUGAGACAGGAACAACUGCUGAACUUCCCCAGUAAACCACAGCCCUGCGGAGGUUGCUGCUUGCUGAGUCACUUAUUUAGUUGGAAAGUAGGUGAUUCAGAGGACAAAUCUCAACAAUGUUCCUUGUGUUUAUGAGGAAAUAUUCAACGUUUUGUUUGAGAAUGCAUUUUAUUUCCUCGUGGUUUGUGUUCCUACGUAGUGCAUGUAGACAAAAAAGGGUCCUGAUGACAAAGCCCAUCAUAUAUACUGCUGGGACGAUGUUAAUUGUUUCAUUCAUUGCUCAAGUAUAAACACUAAUAAUCAUUUUAGCAGUACAUUCAGUGGAAAUGAUGAUGUUAUUUUAUCCCCUGACACCACCACAUAUCACACACCAGCUCCAGCCGAGAGAACAAGAUGCAUUCAGGCUCCAUCAACAGUCUCUAUGUGCAGGGCACAAUCUCGGACUAACUUACAAUCAGAGGGAAACAACUGAAUGAAGAGGAAGGGAGAGGGACUGGUAAGGCACGGUUACAGUAGAAAAUGUAAAAGAAAAGGAAAUAGGUUUAAAAAAAUAUAUUGUUGGUUUGUGCAGAGGUUGCCCAUCCUGUUUGAUUCAACCAAAUUACUUCAGCGAAGCAUAGCUAUGGAUCACACAGGUUGAUGUGGGAUCAGAAUCAUUAACAAUGAACAGUUAUCCUGCCCCACAGGAUAAUAAUCCACCUCCCCAUUACCAUAUGGUAAAUUUUACAGAUGUUUUAUUCAUAAAAAUUAAGCUGACAUUCUCGAACUAUCACAUUCUCUAGACCAAUAGUUCAGCCCUAACUAUUAUUUAGAUAGAACAUAGAACAGUACAACACAGGAAGAGGCACUUCAAACUACAAUGCCCAUGCUGAAUAUGAUGCCAAGUUAAACUUAUCCUUUAGGCCUGCACUUGAUCCCUAUCCCUCCAUCUCCUGCAUUUUCAUGCCCCUUUCUAUAGUAUCUGCUUCCACUACCAUUCCUGGCAGUUCAUUCCAUGCACCCACGACUCUCGGCAAAAAGAAAUGUAGCCUCACACAUCAUCUUUAAACUUUCCCCCUUUCACCUCAAAGCUAUGCCCUCUAAUAUUUGACAUUUCCACCCUGCAUAAAAGAUUCCGACUGUCUAUCCUAUCUUUGCAACUAAUAAUUUUAUAAACUUCUAUCAGGUCUCCAGAGCUGAUCCAGAGAAAACAAUCCGAGUUUGUCCAAUCCAGGCAGUGUUCAAGUCAACCUAUUCUGCACUCCCUCCAAGGCCUCCAUAUCCUUCCUAUGGGGUGAACCAAACUGCACACAAUACACAAUGCAGCCUAACCAAAGUUUUAUACAGCUGCAACAUGAUUUCCUAACUUUUAUUCUUGACCAGUGAUGGUAAGUAUACCGUAUGCCUUCUUUACCAAAUUGCGAUCACUUACAGUACAUUUGCCCAGAUUAAACUCCAUCUGCCAUUUCUCCACCCGUAUCUUUAACAGAUCUAUAUCCCAUUGCAACUUUUGACAACUUUCUUCACUGUCUGCAACCACAUCAAUUUUUGUGUUAUCUCAAAAGUACUAAUCAACCGAUCUAUAUUAUCAUCCAAGUCAUUUAUAAAUAUCACAAACGACAGAGAUCCCAGCACUGAUCCUUGCACAACACCAGUGACCACAGACAUGUAAAAUAGCAGCCUUCCACCACCACCUUAGGUCUUCUAUGGGUAAACCAGAUCUAAAUCAAAGCUACCAAAUCACCAUGGAUCCCUUGCACCUUGCUCUGUUGGAUCAGACUAUCAUGAGAAACCUUGUCAAAUACUAUGUCCUUAUCGACUACUAUGGUCCAUGUCGACAACAUCCAAACCUUCACUAGUCACCUCCUAAACAAAACUCAUUCAAGUUUGUACGACAUGACCUGUUCAGUACAAAGCCAUGCUAAUUUAAUACAACCACUAUUCCAGUUGAAAAUUAGAUAUAAAAAUAUCAAAAUAUUGCUUUUCAAUUCCGUUAUUUAAAUGUAUUUAAAUUUGAGGAAACUAUAAUCCACAAUAUUCCUUCUCCUCACCUUCACUGCAAAAGUCGCUAAGCAGAAACUCCCUCCAAACACAUCAGCUAAUGAAGUGAAGAACUUUACUGUCCAAUUUUAUAUGAUGUUUCUAGAAGUAUUCGAUUUUUGUGUGUAUGUCUUGCAAGCUUCAGUAGUUGAUUUGAGAAGUGUACAAUAGCUGACACUAACAUUACUAACUAAUUAUGGGUUUCAGGUGAUGGAAAAUGAAUUUUCAAGUUUCUACUCACAACGUGGGCACAAUCAAUUGGACAAUACAGUGUAUGAUCACACUGUUUUGACUUUGUUCAUUCUUGUGCCUGUGAUUGCUGAUAUGCAGUUCUGGGUGGAAUGCUUAUCCUUAUGAUCCUUGAGAUUAUAUUACCACCUCAACAAAGAUGUACGAUUUGCAUCUACUUUUCUAUGGUGAAUACUGAGAAAAAUAUCUAACUAAAGUUAGAUGAAUAAACUUCAUGUAAGUUCCAACAUUCCCAAAUUGAAAUUGUUUGCUACUUUAUACACAGUGGUGCUGCAACUGAAUGUUUCUUCCUAAUUGGUAUUUGGCAGUGCUCAUUGCCAAGCUACUAAUUACAACAUUGGAGCUACAAAUCAUCAGCUGCAACGUGUAUUUGUGUAGCGCCUUAAAAGUGAGCCAGAUGAACUUUUAAAGUAACAGGUUUUAAGAAGCAUCUUAAAAGAUGGAAAAAGUUUGGAAAAGGUUCAGAUGGGGAGAAUGACGGAAAAGGUUCAGAUAGGGUUCAGGGCUGCGGCAGCUGAAGGUUUGACCAUUUGUGGUGGUAAAAAAUAAAUAAAUAAUGCUGAAGUGGUUGGAGUUGAAGAGUUAAUGUCAGGGAUUAGUGCAGAAAAGGAAUGUCAAAAAUGCUGGUUAUUGAUUGGAAAUGCCAAACUGACAAUGCAGGUAGCGGCAAAGCAAUUCUGAACCUGGCUGCAUCAUUGUGAUUAACUCCCAGUUAUUCAGUUGAUUGCCAUCUCUUCCAAAGGCAUCCUGUAAUGGUCGACACACACAAAGUGCUGGAGUAACUCAGCGGGUCAGGCAGCAUCUUUGGAGAAAAAGAAUGUGUGACGUAUCGGUUUGGGAACCUUUCUCAGAAGAAGGGUCUGAAGUGGGUCAUGAUCAAAAACGUCACCCAUCCUUUUUCUCCAGAGAUGCUGCCUGACCCGAUGCGUUAUUCCAGCACUUUGUGUCUAUCUUUGGUCGAAACCAAAAAACUGCAGUUCUUUGUUUCUGCAUGCUGUAAUGGCACCACCUUCUGUUCAAUGUUAUAAUUGCAGAGAGAAAAAAUGAAAUAGUGUCAAUAUUUGUGGCUCCACCAGUCUGAAUUUCAACUAUAAUUUAAAAUUAAUCUUUUGAAUAUAUUUGAUUUUGUAUGUGUUUAUAUGUUUAGUUUGAAAUCUGCACAUUUCAAUUAAACCCAAAAUGUUUUAGAUUA